AUGAAGACGAAUUCAUGUGACCUAUCUUUCAAUUGGCUAGUAUUUGUAUACAAAGAACUUGAUGAAGAAUCACACAUUAGUCUUAGGUCUACUGAGUGGCAGUCAAUAAUGCGAUGGCUGUUCUCUAAGAGUUCUGGUUCCCAGCGUGCUUUAGUAGAAAACAAAUUGAAGAUUAAAAAGAAGCCAUUAUUAUGGUCAUUAUUUUGUACCAGAAAGAGGUCAAGCGUAACAUCUGCACGUCCCUUACGUGAGAAUCUUGAUAACAACAAGUCAAAGUGUGUUCGACAACGUCGUAGAUCUAAGAUAUGCAGUAAAUUAGAUGCGACGCGUUUAUCAUCCUAUGAAUCUCUAUCAAAUAUCUUGAACAAUUCUGAAGAUGGAUCAAAAUGUGAAGAUCCAUUGUAUGACUCACCACAAGAAUGUUGUAAUGCAUUGCCAACUGCUUUCUGUCCGACAUGCCACACGAAUGUGAUACCAGUGUUUGAGAAGGACAACUAUUCAAGUCCUAAUACUGCAUCCAAUGACAUGAAAAACCAAAGGGCUGAUGUAUCUAAUGAGUAUGCAAUUUAUGCUGUCUACGAAUCUGUUUACAAAAACAGUUUACUUUCUCUCGAUACUAAUAUGGAGUAUGGAUUUGUCGAGUGUGCAGAAGAUUAUGCUUUUAAUGGACAUGAGGCACCAAUGUACCUCUCACCAACUGAACCGUUAGCUUUCAGCACAAUCGAUCGUAGAGCUAUUAAUAUGGAUGACUGUGAAACUAUAUACGAUGAAGUGGCUUCAGAUGAUGAAGAAGAACCGGUGAAUUCCUUCUCGGGAUAUUACAUUACGCAAAAUCCCUUAGUUAUGUUAAAGCAAAACAACAAACCAUUUCGUAAACGUGGUGCUAAUCCUGAUUCUGAUUCCUAUCAAGAAAUGAAACGAAUCAGGCGGGAAGUGUUUGUUUGCGAAGAAUAAGUGUUAUUUGCAUGUAUUCGUGUUUAUGUGUCUAUAUAUAUUAUACUCAUAUUUUUAUAAUAAACAUGGUGGCAGCAUUUAUGUUAAAACACAGACCUCGGCAUUUCUACAAUUUCUAUUAAUGUGACACAUUUUUAUUUGGUGUUUGUUAUUAGUUUUUGUAUGCUUGUCAAUGUCUACUAAUAAACAUUCCGGUUUAUCAA